AUGCCUCUUCUAAGUGACAAUGAAUCACAAUACUAGUAGCUUAAAAUAAGUGUUAAGAACGGCAUUGGCAGAGAUAUUGCCAUAAACAAAUAUUUCCAACCUCCUCUCAACUACUAAAAUACAUUUAAUAAAGCCACUAAGUUUAUGAAUAUUGUUACGAUGAAUCAAAUUGACCAAGAAGUGCAAUAAAAAGCUUCUUUAAAAAAGUUAAUAGAACAAAAAAUAACUUACAAUCAUAAGCCGAUUGCUAUUAAGAAUUUUGAGAAGUACGUGAAAAGUAGAAAUAGCAUAUUUCAUUGCAACAUAGAAAACAAUAUCAAUUCAGAUAGGAUAAGAGAACCUCAAUACUUGCAAAAAUUUUAAGACAGCUAUCAAUAGAAUCUGUUCUAAGUUAAUAAAUCUGAGAAGCAUACCUCACAAACAAGCUCUCAAAGAUAGGUUCAAUAAUAAAUAAAUUAUAAUAAUAUUUUGGACCUGGGUGCAACUUUUGAAAAAAUUAUGAACCAAAGGAAGAAUAUUAAUCUAAAGUCUCAAGAUAAACUUGAUUAAAUGUAGAAUAAGACUGUUUUCAAGAAAUUUAUCAAGAGAUAGCCAAAGUAGUCUACAUAGAGCCAAGCUGAUCUGGAAAAACUUCAAUUAAGAUUUGCUAAUCCUUAUAAUGAUUAAACCACAAGCCAAUACACUUUCUUGCAAUAAAAAAGAAGUUACUUUUUGUUAGAGUAGAGAGCAAAUAUAAUAGACAGUAUUACUAAUAGGAAAAUAAGUGAAUAACCUCCAGUCGCAAUUAACUAAAAACUGUAGAAUCUAUUUCCAAGAUAAAAUAUUGUGGAUAAUGAGCAAUACAGAGAUAGAAUAAUAAAGAGUCCAAAAGACCACAUCAUAAAUUCAGAGAUCAUUUUAAGUCCGAACUCAAAAAAGAGAGCCAGCAAAAUAAGCAGCACCUAAAAGCUGGACAGUAUAUUUCAAGACAAUAAUGCUUUUGCUAUUUCUCCUUGGGAUAAUCAUCAUGAUAAUUAUAUUAACUAUUAGUUUUGA